GUGAAAGAGGGAUCAACCUGAGCUCCUUGUCUCUCUGCCUGCGGACUCUCUUUCCGUGUGGCUGCCCCCUAAGCACCAUGGGGCAAAGCUGGUUCCUUGGGGGUCCCAGCAUCCUUCUUCUGUUCCUCUUCCUCCUUCCUGGGGACCACGCAACAUCUUCUGCAGAACCGCAAUACUUGGUGUUGGUGCCCUUCCUGAUCCACACUGAAACAACGGAGAAAAUCUGUGUCCAGCUGAACCACCUCAAUGAGUCCGUGACAUUGAAAAUCACAUUGGAAUAUGGAGGCCGUAACAAGAGCUUGAUCAGAGAUGUUCUGGUGGCAAAGACAGACCAUUUCCAGUGCAUCCCAUUUAUGAUUCGAAGAUGGAAUCGCCCUACCGACUCUCCGGUGGUGCUUCUCACGGUGUCCGUGAAGGGAGACACGUUGUCCUUCUGGAGCCGGAAGACGGUGCUUGUGCAGAACUUGGACAACCUAGUCUUUGUCCAGACCGACAAGCCCAUCUACAAGCCAGGACAGGAAGUCAUGUUUCGGAUUGCCUCUAUGGAUGAAAACUUCCAUCCCUUGAAUGGGAAGUUUCCUUUGGUUUACAUCCAGGACCCCAAGAGGAAUCGCUUGUUCCAGUGGCAAAAUGUGGAGCUGAAGGUAGGCCUCGUGCAGCUCUCUUUCCCUCUGACGUCGGAGCCCAAACAAGGCACCUACAAAGUGGUGGUGAAGAAACCUUCGGGGAGUAAUGUGGAGCAGACCUUUGAGGUGAAGGAAUAUGUGUUGCCCAAAUAUGAGGUUCUGGUGAAAGCACCCAAGGUUAUAACCAUCAUGAGCAAACAACUGGAAGUGACCGUCUGUGGCAUGUACACUUAUGGGAAGCCUGUCCCGGGCCUGGUGAAGGUCCAGAUUUGCCGUCCGUAUUCCAGCCCUUGGAAUGAUUGUUAUGGAAAAGAGUCAGAGGCUGUGUGUAAAGAAUUCAGUGGAGAGGCAGAUGGACAAGGCUGUUUGACUCGUGUGGUGCAAACAAGUUUGUUCCAACUGAAGCGGUCAGGGUAUAAAAUGAACCUCAGAGUGGAGGGCACGAUUGUCGAAGAAGGCACAGGAAUGGAGUUGAAUGGGUCGGCUUUCACGGAUAUAACUCGGACUCUCAGCAAAGCUACUUUUGAAAAUUUAGACCCCUAUUACAAGCCUGGGAUCCCGUUUCAGGGGCAGGUGAAGCUAGUAGAUGGUACCAAUCAGCCAAUUACUAAUGGGACGAUCAGCAUCCAAGUAGGUGCCAAGAAGACCAACUACACUACCAAUGACCAGGGGCAAGUUCAGUUUUCCAUAGACACCACGAAUUUCACAGGCGACUCCAUUUGGAUCAAGGCUAAAUAUAAAUCCACACCAUAUUGUUAUGACAGAAACUGGGAGUUUCCCUCUCACCACGAAGCUUACUUCACUGCAUUUUAUUUCUACUCACCAAGCCGCAGCUAUCUCCAUAUCGAGUCUGUUUCUAAAACAUUGAACUGCGAACAAAACCAGGCAGUCCGAGUGCAUUACGUUCUAAAUCUGGAUGUCAUUAAAGAUGAGAAAAUUGUAUUCCACUAUUUGGUGAUGGCUAAAGGAAACAUUGUGUAUGAUGGGACCUAUGAUCUACCUGAGUUGCUCAAAAAAGCAGCCAAAGGGGUGUUCGCUUUGGAUCUGGCCCUCAGUGUCCAUAUGGCUCCUGUGGCUCACUUACUAGUGUACACAAUUCUGCCCAAUGGAGAACUUCUGGCUCAUUCUGCGGAUUUUGUAGUUGAAAACUGCUUCUCAAACAAGGUGAGACUGUGGUUCUCGGAUUCGGUGGGCCUGCCCGCCAGCAAAACCCAGCUCCAUCUUGCAGCCUCUGAAGGUUCCUUGUGUGCUGUCCACGCUGUGGAUAAGAGUGUCUUCAUCCUGAAGCCCAAGGCUGAACUCUCUUCUCAGACGGUCUAUAAGUUGCUGCCUGUGCAGAAUCUUAAUUUUUAUCGUUAUGAGAGCUGGGCGGUGGAUGAUCCAGAUAGCACCAAGUGCAUCCACUUCAAAACAAUUUUCGUGGGUGGCAUCGGUUACUACCCUAUUAAUUUCUCAUUUUAUACAGGAGAUGCUUAUAAAAUUCUUCAGAAAUUUGGAUUGAAAGUUUUUACUAGCACCAAGAUCCACAGCCCUAGGAAUUGCCAGACAUUUGCAUACAGUCCACAGUUAGAAGAUUCCAGUAUACCUUAUGCACUGCACGAACCGGGACCCCCAGGAUCUCCAAUGUUUGGAGUUUCUCAGGAACCAGAGAAAAUUUCUCAACCUGUUAGAAGCUUCUUUCCUGAGACGUGGCUAUGGGAUCUUUAUGUAGUAGAACUGGAUGCCAAUGAUCCGGACUCCACUGGUGAGAUCUCCAUCCCUGUCACAAUUCCGGACACCAUCACAGAAUGGAGAGCAGGAGCUUACUGUAUGUCAGCAGAGGCAGGCUUUGGCCUCGCCAGUCCAGUUGCCCUCAAGGCUUUCCAGCCCUUCUUCCUUGAUCUCACCAUGCCCUAUUCGGUGGUGCGGGGUGAAAAAUUCAUUUUGAAAGCCACCGUCUUCACAUACUUACCGCGAUGCCUUCGGGUCAAAAUGAUGCUGGAUCCAUCCCCAGACUUUACGGCUUCUCCUGAAGAGAAAGAGGAGGAAUCACAUUGUGUUUGUGCCAACGGGAGGAAAACGGUGUCCUGGAUGGUGACCCCCAGAUCUCUUGGCGAAGUGAAAUUCACAGCAAGUGCAGAAGCUUUGAGUUCAGACCAGCCAUGUGGGAAUGAAAUAGUUGAGAUACCCAGCGAAGGAAAAAAGGACACCUUGAUCAAAUCACUUAUAGUUGAGCCUGAAGGAAUUGAGAAGGAAGUCGUCUUCAACCAUUUUAUCUGUGAUGCCAAAGACCCACACUCAGAACCCGUUUCCCUCAAAGUACCAGAAAAUGUGGUGGAAGAGUCAGCAAGGGCCUCAUUCUGUGUGUUAGGUGACAUUCUUGGCAGCGCCAUACAGAACUUGCAUCAGCUCCUCCGGAUGCCUUAUGGUUGCGGUGAACAAAACAUGGCCCUUUUUGCCCCCAACAUCUACAUCUUGAAAUACCUGAAUAAUACCAGGCAGCUGACGGAGGACAUCAAGUCCAAGGCUAUUGGAUACCUAGUGUCUGGCUACCAGCGGCAGCUGAACUACAAGCACUCCGAUGGCUCCUACAGCACUUUCGGAGAGCGACGUGGGGAGCCAGGAAACGCCUGGUUGACAGCGUUUGUGCUCAGAUCCAUGGCUCAGGCCAAGAACCACAUCUUUGUGGAACAAAGUCAUAUCAGCGAUGCUCAGGCCUGGCUGGCCGUCCGACAGAAGGAAAACGGCUGCUUCCAGAGCAGUGGGACCCUCCUGAACAAUGCCCUAAAGGGUGGGGUUGAUGAUGAGGUUAGCCUCUCAGCUUACACCACCAUUGCUUUGCUGGAGAUGCCACUGCCUGUCACUCACUCUGUGGUGCGUAAUGCUUUGUUCUGCUUGGAGACAGCAGCAGAGUCAAAAGAGAUCAACGUUUACACCCGCGCCUUGAUGGCUUAUGCUUUUGCACUGGCUGGGAAAGAGGAGAAGCGAGAUGAGAUGCUGCGCCUCCUCCAUGCAGUGGCUGUGGAAGAAGAUGGCUCCCUUCACUGGCAACGGCCUAAGAAACUGGGAGAAGAGAAGGAGGAUCUGCCAUCCUAUUACCAUCGCGCUCCAUCUGCGGAAGUGGAGAUGACGUCCUACGUGCUCAUGGCUUACCUGACCAAACGACCGGCACCGUCAGAGGAUGACUUGAAAACGGCCACCCAGAUUGUUCUCUGGCUGAUCAAGCAACAGAACCCAACGGGAGGGUUCUCUUCGACUCAGGAUACUAUGGUGGCCCUGCAGGCCCUCUCUCUCUAUAGCGCUUUGACCUUCGUCAGGAGCAGCAAAGGCGUGCAAGUGACCCUGAAUGCUGGUGAGAACGCCCUGAAGCAGUUCCAGGUGGAGAGAGACAACCGCCUCCUGCUUCAGUGCCAAGCUGUGCCCAAGUUGCCAGGAGACUAUCGCAUUGAAGUCACAGGGGAAGGUUGCGUCUUUGCUCAGACCACGUUGAAGUACAAUGUGCAGCCAUGCCAGGAGGAGGUGCCUUUUGCACUGGAAGUCCACACAGUCCCUGAGACCUGCACCGGACCCAAGGCCAACAAAGUCUUCAACCUUGCAAUAAAUGUCAGCUACACUGGCAAGCGCCCGGUUUCUAACAUGGCCAUCGUUGACGUCAAGAUGCUUUCAGGAUACAUCCCAUCGAAACCGUCUGUGAGAAAGCUGGAAAAUCAUAACCUGGUGCAGCGAACAGAAACCAGCAGCAGCCAUGUCCUGAUUUAUUUAGAAAAGGUGACCAAUGCAACCCAGAGCUACACCUUCACAAUAGAGCAGGAUGUGCCUGUCCAAGGCCUGAAGCCAGCCUUGGUGAAAGUCUAUGAUUACUAUGAAACAGAUGAAUUUGCUCUGGCAGAGUACAAUGCUCCCUGCAAUGCAGAUGAUACAAAACAUGGGAAAGCAUAAAAGACAAAAAAAAGCACAUCCAUCACAUCAUUCCCUCUCUUUCUAGACUCUUUUGUUUUCUUCCUUCCACCAGACAACACUGAAUUAUGGCACAAAAUUAUAGCACAAAAAGAAUAAACUGAAGAAACCUUUUUGAUAGACCAACUCAAUAAAAUCUGGUCCACUUCAAUUGUUUUCAAACCCACGUUUGCCUUGUUUAUUCCACAGUUCUGUAAGCCCUGAAGCAUAUGCCUCUGCAAUGUGUAGUUUUGCUGUUUUGCUCACUGUCCAAAUUUCAUUACCCUUUUAUAUAUAUAGAUGAGGGAGCUAUAGGAGAAGGCAGGUCAGCCAAGCUGGCUGGACAGGUACCAUACGGGUAAACGUACUGCAUUAUAAAGUAAACAUGAUGAAAAAAUUAAUUAAGAGUGGCAUGUACAAGAAAUAUACACCUGUAGUGAACAAGUGGUGAUAAAACAUAUAUCACUCCCCAGACAGAGUGACACAUGGGCCUUGACCUCGAAACACUGAAAAGAAAAUAUUACAGUUUAAGGUCAAGCCAAUUGGUCCAUGGUAGAAACAGAAACCAAGGGAGCAACUGGAAGUGUCCAGUCCAGAGUCAAAGCCAAAUACCAGAAUGCCAAGAAAGGAGGUUGUGCCCAGAAAUCAAGAGCCAUAGUCCAGGAACAGUCCAAAUUCCACAAGGUACACAACAAACAGAUCCAGGGAGCGGGGUAAGAUCCUGUUGUUAGCCCCAGCUUCUGCCAACCUAGAAAUUAAAAAAACAUGCAAAUGUGAGUAGGUACCGCUAUGGUAGAAAGAUAACGGCGCUCCAUGCAGUCACGCUGGCUACAUGACCUCCAGAGACAGUGACUCUGAUGAAUCGGGAUCCUUCUGAAUCAGAGCUACUGUCCCUGACACCAUUGGGUGAACCUAAGAUGCUCAAUAUCUGGAUAAUGUUUUUCUGUUCCAGAAGUAAAAUACAUCAUGUUUAAUAGAUUUAUAGUAAUAAAAGUGGGAUAAAAUAUAGUUUAUAGCGGAGAGUGAGAGGUCUGGGGAUGAUGGGGAGUGAAGGGGACAAGGGACAAAGACCUGAUUUCAUUUGAUUAAUAAAUAAUUGGCAUAUUUUUGGCCGAUGCUGUGUGUUUGGUAUUGGUGGUCCCACUGAUUUAGUGCAUUGCUACACAAUGCUAUUACUCACAAAUAGGAAGUCUGGAUUAUAUCCUCGGUACCAUCUUCCACUGUUGUAGGAUGGUAGGAGUUUACUAUCAUGAAUAAGCAAUUGUUUAUGCAAUUCAGCCCAGGAGAGGACUGCCUCUCCAUCUUUAUCCUCCUGAGCUUAGCUAUGAUUGUUAAGGUCACCAAUUACUAUCACACUUUAUGCCUAUCAGAGUUCUCAGGAGAAGAGAAACAAAAAUCUUCUUUUGGAUCUUGUACACAGAAGUAAUCAUGAUGUUGCUCAGCUCUACUGUUAUAACCUCUAUACUGUUUUCUUCCAUGUUAUGGACAUUGCUGACCUGGAGACCUGGUUUAGUGGUGUUAAGACUACAUACUGUGCAUGUACAUACUGUACUUUUGGUCAUUUCUGUUGUUUAUCCCUGUGUGUUUCUUAGACACACAGUAAAUCACAUUUCUUAUCUCUGUGACGAAAUGAAAAAUCAUGUAUAGUCCAUGUUUGAUCAGCCCACACACUGCCUUGCCAGAGAAAGAAAAUAUGUCACACCAAUGAACAAUAAAGAAAAAGUAGUUUGCUCUUCAUAGUUCAGAACAACAUUUUAUAAUUCAUGUUUUAAAUAGAGUUUAAUAGAGUUUUUAAUUGAUGUGGUAUUGUUGUAAUGUUUAUUGAUUUUGUUAUUGUUUUAUUGAAUGUGUUCUGGGCAAUGUAAAUUGCCGACUGUUGUAAGCCGCCCUGAGUCCCUACGGGUGAGAAGUGUGGGGUAAAAGUGAUGUAAAUAAAUAAAUAAAUAAAUUUACAAUCAUGUGAAUCAUUACAAUCAUUUCCUGCUUCUUAGCGGAGGAUUGGACUAGAUGGCCCAUGAGGUCUCUUCCAACUCUACUAUUCUAUGAUUCUAUGAUUCUAUGAUCAGUGGCAUCGACUCACAUAAUGUCCUUUUAUGAGAGAUUUAAAAUGACUUUAUGCAAAAGAGAGGAUGCCACUGCAUUUCAUUCUAGCUUGCUGACCAUGGAAAACUAUAAAUCUCUGACUAUAAAUCCUUUUUAUUAGGAGUGGGGGUAGUGGCGUUCGAUAACAUCUGGAAGAUUUGCUCUGUUUACCCAAGCACAAUGAGAUGUCUACAAUAACUCUUCGCAUUUGCAAGGAUUAAUUAGCACAAGACCCCCGUGAACGUGAAAACCAUGAAUAAAUAAUUGGCUUAAAAAAAAAACCUGAGAUAAAACACCUCUCUAAGAAUUUCUAGGUCUUCCAGUACAUGGUAAGUUUCUAAUUUAUAGAUUUAGAAGUUCCUAGAGAGCAUCAUUUUGAAUCAGAUCAAUGAAUAAUCAAAUCUGCAAAAGUCAAAGCCACAAAUGUGGUGGGACAAAUGCUAGGGCUGGGCAAAAGAGAGAAAUAAAGAAAAUGCAAAAUUAAGAGACAAUAAGGGGGGAUAGUCAUUAGUCAAAACAACAAAGGAGAAAAUUCAAAGGGCUUGAUGAUCUCCAAGGAAGAUGGAGGGUGGAAGACAGAAAGAGAAGGGCCUUGAAGGGGAAAAUACCAGCUGGAAACAAAGAGCUCGGCAGGAAGGGGGAGAACGGGGAGAAUGAAAGCUGCUGAGGAAACCUUGUGCCUGCCGACAUGGGAGAACAAAGGAAGAGAAAAGUUGCACCUACUCAACUGUUCGGACUGUAAAACUGAAUUGUACAUCAAUUCAAUGUGGCAUUUGCCUUUUGCUCACCCAGCAAUAAAUCUUGUUGCAAAGGU